GCUGCAGGUUACGGUAUAUAAGGUGCCGCCACCCACACUUGAUCAUCAUUCACUGCUCCAACUCUCCACUGAUACACAACAUUACCUCACCAUGAUCAAGGUGGCCGUGUUGAUGGUGGUGGUGGGCGCGUCCUUGGCCCUCCCGUCUGACCUCUACAGCCAACCCACCUACAAACCGGAGCCCAUGCCCUACAACUACGCCUAUGGUGUCAAGGACGAAUACGCCGGCACUGACUUCAGUCACAACGAGGACUCUGACGGUAACGCUGUCAAAGGCUCCUACAAUGUUGUGCUCCCAGACGGCCGCAUCCAGACAGUGAACUACAUAGCUGACCACUACAGCGGUUACCAGGCUCAGGUGAGCUACAAGGGCGAGGCUCAGUACCCCCACGAGUACGGCCCUGCCGUCACCUUCAAGCCCCAGUCUUAUGGCCAGCCAUCAUAUCAGCCUCCACAGCCCUCAUACCAGCCCCCUCAGCCCUCAUACCAACCCCCUCAGCCCUCAUACCAGCCCCUCAGCCCCUCAUACCAGCCCUCAACAUACCAGCCCCUCAGCCCUCAUAUCAAUAAACACGCCAGGAAACCUCUUGCUGUCGUCGGUCCUACUUCCUAG